AUGGGUCGGAAGAUCUUAGGGUCUGAGCAGCACUUUCUCUUCCCGCUUGGUAGCCAGGAUGCGUCCUCUGCUGCGGAUUCCCGAGUACACCAAGUGGCGAGCUCCACUCAGAUGAUGCUGGUGGUGCUGUGCACUUCUGCUGUGUCGGGAAAAACAGAAGAACAGAGAAAUUCUUCCAGAGAUUUCUUGCAUGCGCUGCUCAAAUUUCUGUCGCCUUGGGCAUUCACGGUGUCCGUGGAGGGUGUCGACUUCGACUUCGCCUUGGAUGCAGAUGCCCAGAUCGACCUUCGGGAAUUGCUUGGGUCUGACUCAUGGAGGCAAUGCCUAGCAGGCAAGAGGAGCCCUUUCCAGAAGCAUUUCAAGCAGCGGGAACAAAAGCUCUGCGAUGUUCUCCUGAGCCUUCGCAAUGUGGAAAGGCACCACGACCUGCUGAGGAAGCUCCUUGUUGCCAUUGCUGCUGGGCUCGAGAUCGCCUUGGACUUCGUACCGGAGGCUUUUAUGCCAGAAGAGGAACUGGACGAAGAGCGGCUGGAGAAGGGCCUAGGCUCUAAGAGCUCCAGGGACAUGGCAGGGAGAGUGAGAAACGUGCGCUCUUUGCGAGGAGGCCUGAACCAGAAGAAAAAGAUGUCCCUGAGGCUGACAAAUCGUCAGAAAGCCAAGAUUCGCGGUAUGAAGGCCAAGCUCCAAGGACUGGUGACCAAAAAAGACAGACACAGGGAACGAGCAUUAUACUGGCAGGCGGCCCGACGCCAUCUGCAAACCGCCAACCGACUCGCCGUCGCCUUCGAUGCCAGUCGCGUCGGUGGCGAGCGACACAGAGAAGCCAGUGAGAGAACGAACGACAGCGACGUCGUCUUCAAGAAGUACAAAGGCCCGCCGGAGCGUGCUGCUGCCUACGACUCCUUGCUCGCCUUCGACCAUUGCCUUCGCAUCAUGCACGGUGAUUCCGGUUUGGAGGCUUUCUUGGCAAGGGAUGGUCAGGAUGAAGAAGACCUGCGGCAGAAACCGGAGUUUCAAAAUGCCACGAACCUGGCGGGCAUGGUGUCCAAGAUGAAAAUGGCACAAGCCAUACUUUCUUACUGCCGAGGGCCUUACAAAGGCGCGAAAUGGUUUCGCAUUCUCCAAGAAGAGGCCAUGGACUUCGCAAAGACCCUGGCCUGUGCUGACGACGGCUCUGGUCAGGUCCUGCUGAACGCCAUCGCACCCCGAGUGGCGCGGGAGAAGGACUUGAGUCUGGAAGAGUGCAGUCCGCAGGCUCUUCUCAAGAUGCUUCAAGAAGCUCGCUUCCUGAAGGCCUACACCGGCAGCGGCAACUUCUCACGCUGGGACGAGUUUCAUGCGGCAUGGAAAAGCCGCCGAGACGAAAACGGACUGCUGUUGCUGCUCAUGCAGUCUUAUUGCCUUCGAGCGGGCAUUCUGCAAGUUGCAAAGAACAAUGUCGCCUUGGCCUCCGGAGUCGCCGAUUUGGCCACAGCCGCUUCAAAGGCGAAGGAAGCCUCGCAAAAAACUGCUGCGUUAUAUGCUCGCUGCCGAAACAAGUUCCACGUGGUCACAAUGCUUCUCAUGGACUCCGACCUGAUCAACGCCCUGAACGCCUGGCAUGGGAUCACGUAUCCUCUGUCGCGCCAGCUCAACUGUUUGAGGCGAGAUGUGAGGGGGAGACAAGGCGCCUUGGCCAUGUGGCAUUCUUUCGCAUCGGGACAAUGGAUUUCGGUUGUCCAAGAGAUGUACGAUGCCGUCUUCGAUGCCGAUCUGCAUGGUCGCCUUGGCCUUCUACGGCAGGAAGAUUGCGCCGGCUCCACGUACUACUACAACUUGAGCGAGGAGCACCCCCUGGUGACUCACCAAGACAGCCUUUUCCGACAGCUGUGCGACAUGUUCUUCUGCGCAUGCUACCACAAGUGCCUGAGCAGCAUGGCCUUCUUCGACUUUCCGCACAAGCUCGUCUUGCUGACCGGCAACGACACCAAGGUCAUCCAAGACGUGUGUGUGGAGCUCGAAGAACAGUAUCAGGCUUUUGAAAGUGCUCAAAAAAUUCGAACGAAAUGGUGCAAAUCUGCGUGCCAAACAUCGCCCAUGCAGCUCCAGCUGGUGAAAGAUGUCGUCUUCGACAUCCGCCGGAACCAGGGUACCGCAACGCCGGUGCUCCGAACACUGCUUCGAGAUCUUUGGUCCAACAUCGCCUUCACCUUCAAUGAGGAAGGAUUUCGUGCUAUGCGAGAGCAUGAAGAAAAGCACAACUUGAAUCAUGCGAUGCCGUCCAUAGACGGCUGGGCGAAGCUUUCUGGCGAGAACAUUCUGGGCUCCUUCGGGUACGAAGAGAUCCAGCCGGAUGAUGCCGAGGUCACAGUCGGGAACAUCCCGUCCACUUUCUUCCACACUCGAAAGCUUUCGCCUUCGACGGAGAAUCUGCGAACCAUCAUGAAUCGCAAGACAUGGCCUUCGCUUUCGCCUUUGCGUGCCUCGGCCGUGGUUGCUGAAUCAGCGCUUAUGGUGCGUUUCCACAAGGAAGGGCGGCUGCCUGAUCUGGUCAACACGUGGAGAACCCGCUUUCUGCAACGUGGCCUGCUGCUGAAAGACAAGAAAAACCCUGAGGAG